GCGCGCGUCUUAUCCUCGACCACGUCCUCCUCCUGUCCGCCCCGUAUUCUCUCCCCCCUGCAGCUGGAUCGUCGGUCUACUACUCAGUCAUGGGCUUCAAACAUGCUGCGGUGCUCGCUCCGGUCUGCUUCUUCCUAGGCGUCCUGUUCAUCUGCUUCAACAUGGACUAUAGGAUCCUCUGGGGGGAGGUCAACAGCAGGGAAGUCCAGGACGACGGCAUCUUCUUCUACACGACGUUCUACAAUGCGCCGCCAGCGAUCAAGUCACUAAUGCACGGAAUGAUGGGCGUGAGCAUCCUUGGGCACGUCGCGAAGCUGCACAAGUGGGAUGAUAGCGCUAUGUUCUUCGAUGGGUCGAGCUUGGCCGCGUUCAUCUUUGCUAUCGCCAUCUACACCACCACUAUCCUCCCCAUGCUGCGCAACGUCGUCAACCCGCGCGAGGACAUAACACACACGGAGCGCGUACAGUCGCUGCAGAUCCUCUCCGCGGCGAACGUUAUCAUCAUUUUCUGCCUCGCUGCGGUGCUCUUACUUCAGGCCGGCCAGGAAUACGCGCGGAGACAGGACGAGAAGACGUUGGCGAAGUUCCUCGGGGAGCAAAAGAAGGAAGCGAAGGCGGCAAAGACGGACUGAUCGGGCAGUCCGCACGCCUGGAGCUUGACCCCCUUUACAGGACACCUGGGUUUUUGAUGUAUGCUAUGCUCUCGUGCUCUCGCUAUGGGAACAAUGUUUGUACUGCUGUACGAUGCCCACGAGUGUAAGUGCCAGCGGAUUUAGUGAGUGUC